CCGCACGAAUUUGGUGGUCUUGUUCUAACAGUCAAAAUUUCGGACCCAUUUAGGAUUUUGCUUGGCCGGCAACGAUUAGCCCAAAAUGGCCACUAACACCUAAGUGAUGUUUUGAUUCCCCAAAUCUCUACAUAGAAUUUUACAGACCGUCGAGUUGGAGUCACGGUUCGAGAGAAACGAGCUCUCGAAAUCCGCUCUGGACUGCGGGUGAACAGUUCGCCCCGCCACACUUCUUGACCAGACAUCGGCCACUUUUUUGGCCGACAAACUGUCGACUGUUGUAAUUCGAUUCGAGAUCUUUCCAAUGAUGUAUACAGCUGUAGGCACUUGCUAGUAUGAUAAAUAAGAAGUCAUACAUCUUCAUUUGAGAAGGUUCAGUACUUGUGAGAAUAUUGCAACGCGAGCUAAGAAAAUAUACAGAACGUCUGAAAAUCUCAUGGAGACAUCUGAUUCGUGGGUUCUUGAAUAUCAAUCUGCCACUUGGCUUUCCCAUCUUUGAACAGGUUGAUAACCAAGACGACAAGAUGCCACGAGAUGAAGAUAAAGCUUGGGAAUUCGUGGAGAGACUGGAGGGCGGAAAAUGGCGUUGUCCUCACUGUCCGAAAGAAAGCAGUGGGCAGGUUACAGGAGUGAAAUGUCACUUGCUUGGAAUCAAAGGCAGAGGGAUUGGCAUUUGCACCAAAGUCCCUAACGAUAAAAGAGAUCAGUUGCUGUCCUUACUAAAGAAUGAGGGAGAUCCAUUGCUGUCCUUACUCAAGGAGGAGGCGUGUAGCGGAGAAGCCAAUCGUCACUCCUCCACUGGGGGGGCUGCUGGUACAUCUUGUCAACAAUCACUAGGAGAGCAGCAUCAGUUUCAUCAGAGUUCAACUUUGCCGUCGGUCGCACAAGAUAAACACUUCAUUGCAAAUGAGCAACCAGCUUCAGUACACGCUCCCCAUUACCAGGAUGUGUCUUCUGACAAAUUACUUGCACAUUCCGACCCACAGCAAGCGAGUGCAGUCAACAUGGCAAACCAUCCAUCAUGGAUGCCUCCUCAACUUCAGAUAAUUUGCCAGUCCAGCCACACCGUACCUAAUCAAUCAAUUAAUUUCGAGGCAGGGGACCAGCAACAGAAUCAAAGAAUGUCAUCUUCAUUACAAAAUGAUCAGUUCCUCACCAACGGUGCAUCAGAUGGGUUGCAGGAGUCAAUUCAAACUGGUGUUUUAGCAACAGAUCCUCUCAACGACAUACCUACGACCAACAUUCGGAAGGAAUCCUAUCAACCAAACCACACCUUCUGUGGACAACAUGGAGGUGAAAGCUUGUCAUCUUCGCCAAUGUAUUCAACGAGCUGGCCAUUUUCCAUUGAGGAUAUCCCAACUAAUGAUGCGAUGGAUCCAGCAGAGAUAUCAUCGUUAGGAAAUGAAAAAUCCCUUCAGACGGGUACUUCAAGUUUUUUGCAGGACUGCCGUGAGCCUUGUGCUUUGGAAGUGGUUAACACUGCCCAGCACUCUAAUCAACCCCAUCCAAGAUGUGAUGGAGAAAGUGGAAUCGAAACCAAUUUGUUUCCUUCGCAAGAUUCGGUGGGAGUAGAUCCCCAGAGUGCAUUGCAGCAUUCUAGUGAUCCACACGUUUCUGAGAAAUCAAAUGUCAAUUUGCAGGGCCCAACGGAUGGAAUAAAUACGGCAGCCCAAUCAAUACCAUCUCUGGAUAUGAACAGAGGCUCACCAAUGUUGAACCAGAUAAGCAUUUGCGCCAACCAUGAGAAGAUGAAAAAUCUAAAAAGAAAAUUUGAACAACUUGAAGGCAGAGAAGCUGACAUAAAGAAGAAGAUGAAGCUAGAAUCUACCAAGUCAUUGCCUCAGAUGAAGCCGAAGACAAUGGUUACAAAAUGGUUGAAGAAAAUAAAAACAGCAAGAAAUAAAUUCAAAAGCAUUAACGAAGUGAGUGGGGAAAAUAUGCCAUUGAAGGAACGGGUGGAGAGAUUGACAAGAGAAGUGGAAGAGCUUAGAGGAAAAAAACUUCCACGAACGCUAUUCAUUCAGGCAGAACCUGCCAAAAGACCAGCACUAUUAGAACAUAAGCUAAUAGGUGAGGCAAUUCAGAGGAACAUAGAGUUGAUCUGGGGCUGUCUAAUGGAGAAUCGUUCUUCAAAUUUGGGUAUUUCUGGCAUGGGAGGGGUUGGGAAAACGACAAUAGUGGAGCACAUACAUAAUAGACUCCUGAAAAAUGGGAACUUUGACACUGCAAUUUUUUGCACUGUGUCCCAAAAUUUUAGCAUUCAUAAGUUGCAGAGUGAUAUUUGGAAGGAACUAAAAGGAAGUGACAUGGAGGAGGAGCGUGUGACGAAACGAGCAGCAAAGUUGUCCGAAGACUUAUCAAAGAAGAAGAAUUUUGUACUGAUUCUUGAUGACGUGUGGGAGCAUUUUGAACUCCGGGAUGUGGGAAUUCCCCAUAUAGCUGAUGGAUGCAAGCUAGUCUUAACAACUCGAUCUUCUGAAGUAUGUGCUCGAAUGGGUUGUAAAAAAAUUGAAAUUAGACCUUUACGUGAAGAAGAAGCAUGGAACUUAUUUGUGGAGCAUCUUGGGUAUAAUGGGGUACUGGAGAAAAUUAAAGAGGUUGCAAAGGCAAUCGUGGAGAAAUGUGCAGGUUUGCCACUUGCUAUCAUCGCAAUGGCAAGAAGCAUGAGGGGGGAGGUGAGAAGUUUUUACUGGAAGGACACUUUGGAUCAACUGAAUGACCCCAAAAAGGAUCAUACAGAGAUGGGAGACAGGGUUUUGCCGGUACUUAGACAUAGUUACACACGCCUGUCCCCUCAACUUCAACAAUGUUUCUUACGCUGUGCACUUUAUCCUGAAGAUGCAUCAAUUGGGAAAAUGGAGUUGAUUGAAUUUUUUAUUGAUGAGGGAUUGAUAGACGAACUGCAUACUAGGGAGAAACAACACAACAGGGGUCUUACCAUAAUAAGCAGACUUCAAGAUGCUUUCUUGUUGGAAGAUUCUUAUUGGGGGAUCAAGAUGCAUGAUUUGCUCAGAGAUAUGGCGCUACACAUAAUGAGUACAACAUCUAUUGUAGAAGUACGCAUGCCCGAUGAGGAACGUUGGACAAGUGAUUUAGAGAGAGUUUCUUUGAUGAAUAGAAUCAACAAAAUUCCUCCAGAUAUGUCACCAAAUUGUCCUAAACUGUCGACCCUGUUAUUAAAAGAUAGGAUUUUGGAUCAUAUCCCGGAUUCUUUCUUCAAGCAACUGCAGGGGCUGAAGGUUCUAAACCUAAGUAGAAGUAAAAUCACAAAACUUCCUAGUUCCGUGUCGGACUUGGUAAACUUGAGAGCUUUAGUUCUUUGUUGGUGUUAUCGAUUGUGCCACGUUCCUUAUUUAGGAAAGUUGAAAUCAUUAAGGAAGUUGGAUGCCUUGGGAUGUAUAAAGCUGGAAGCAGUUGAAGGUUUGCAAAUGUUGGCGAACUUGAGAUACCUUGACCUAUUUCGCACGGGUGUAAAAAAAUUACAGAAAGGAACAUUAAGGAGUUCGGUAAAAUUGCAACAUCUUAAGAUUCAGGGAAGGGUGAAUGCAGAAGAGAUGACUGAGUUGAAGGCACUUGAAUUAUUUGAAUGCCGUUUUGAUACUGUGGACGAGUUCAGCUUGUCUCUGAAAAUCCUUGGGGAGAUUGGCUACAAUGAUUUUAAAAUCAAAGUGAACCAAGUAAAUUCGUCGUUUUAUGUAAAAAUGGCUCAUUAUGAUCCCGAAAAUUGUAUUCAUGAACAUUCAAGUACUGUAAGAGUCCAUCUUGAGAAGCUAAAUAUCCAGAGAUGUCUGAAACUUAAGUAUCUGUUCGGGCACGAGUGUAAACUCUCCCUUCCAGACCUAGGGGCGAUUGUCAUCAGGGGUUGUGAGGAAAUAGAAGGGAUAACUGCAGUGGCAGCUGGUUCACUGGUUCCUGCUUUCCCCAGUCUAAAAAUGAUCAAUGUGAAGUCUUGUGACAACAUGAAGAGGGUAGUUGAAUCUGAGCGGCUUCUCCAUUUCCCUAAUCUGAAGGAGAUUAAAGUACAGGGAUGCAAGAAGAUGGUCGAGAUAAUAGGACGGCCACCUCCAUGCAUGCCAGUGGAUACGGCCGUUUUGGAUGUGAGCCCACUUCUAAAACUCGAGUUUCUACAUAUUAUUGAAGGGGAGAACUUGCAGGUGCUCUGUGGAGCAGCAGAUGAACAAGAAGUAACCAACGGGCAUUCCUACUCUCUCCUCUUCCCCUGUCUUAAGGAGCUAUAUAUCCAGAGAUGUCUGAAACUUAAGUAUCUGUUAAGGCCCGGGUGUAAACUCUCCCUUCCAGACCUGCGGGCGAUUGUCAUCGAGGGAUGCGAGGAAAUAGAAGGGAUAACUGCAGCGGCAGCUGGUUCAAUGGUUCCUGCUUUCCCCAGUCUAGAAAGGAUCAAUGUGAAGUCUUGUGGCAAGAUGAAGAGAGUACUUGAAUCUGAGUGGCUUCUCCAUUUCCCUAAUCUGAAGGAGAUUAAAGUACAGGGAUGCAAGAAGAUGGUCGAGAUAAUAGGACGGCCACCUCCAUGCAUGCCAGUGGAUACGGCCGUUUUGGAUGUGAGCCCACUUCUAAAACUCGAGUUUCUAGAGAUUAUUGAAGGGGAGAACUUGCAGGUGCUCUGUGGAGCAGCAGAUGAACAAGAAGUAACCAACGGGCAUUCCUACUCUCUCCUCUUCUCCUGUCUCAAGGAGCUAUAUAUCCAGAGAUGUCUGAAACUUAAGUAUCUGUUCGGGCCCGGGUGUAAACUCUCCCUUCCAGGCCUGCGGGCGAUUGUCAUCAAGGGAUGCGAGGAAAUAGAAGGGAUAACUGCAGCGGCAGCUGGUUCACUGGUUCCUGCUUUCCCCAGUCUAGAAAGGAUCAAUGUGAAGUCUUGUGGCAAGAUGAAGAGAGUACUUGAAUCUGAGUGGCUUCUCCAUUUCCCUAAUCUGAAGGAGAUUAAAGUAAGGGGAUGCAAGAAGAUGGUCGAGAUAAUAGGACGGCCACCUCCAUGCAUGCCAGUGGAUACGGCCGUUUUGGAUGUGAGCCCACUUCUAAAACUCGAGCUUCUAGAGAUUAUUGAAGGGGAGAACUUGCAGGUGCUCUGUGGAGCAGCAGAUGAACAAGAAGUAAUCAACGGGCAUUCCUACUCUCUCCUCUUCCCCCGUCUUAAGAAGCUAAAUAUCCAGAGAUGUCUGAAACUUAAGUAUCUGGUCGGGCACGGGUGUAAACUCUCCCUUCCAGACCUACGGGCGAUUGUCAUCGAGGGAUGUGAGGAAAUAGAAGGGAUAACUGCACUGGCAGCUGGUUCACUGCAUCCUGCUUUCCCCAGUCUAGAAACAAUCGAUGUGAAGUCUUGUGGCAACAUGAAGGGGAUAGUUGAAUCUGAGUGGCUUCUCCUUUUCCGUAAUCUGAAGAAGAUUAAAGUACAGGGAUGCAAGAAGAUGGUCGAGAUUAUAGGACAGCUACCUCCAUGCAUGCCAGUGGAUACGGCCCUUUUGUUAAGGCAUCUUCAAGUGGAACAUUGCAACAUACAGAACUUGCUUCCGCUGGAAUUGUUGCCACAUCUUCGGAAUCUUCAACGCAUCCAUGUAAAUGACUGCACAGGAAUGGAAGAAAUUGUAAGCAGAGGAAGUGCAAGCACUCCUGAACACAUCCCCUCCUCUCCAUAUCCAUUUCAUUCUCUCCCACAGUUGGAGCACUUGCUUAUAGAGAACCUACCCAACCUGAAGAGCAUAUGUGAAAGCACCAUAAGUUGCCUUUCAAUAAAUUCGCUUCGUGUGUCGGGUUGUCCAAAACUGGGGAGAAUUUCUCUGCAACUGAAAGUAGUUCGUCAGGGCAUGGACAUGCCAAAAAUUAAUUUGGAUCGUAAGGAACUGUGGGAUACACUGGAGUGGGAUGGUGCUGAAAAGGAUCAAUUUGUUUCCAAUUAUGUAAGAGCUUAUAAUGCAUGUAAGAAUCGUGAUCUGUAGCUGGCUAAAUACAAAAAAUAAGAGAAUUCUCUGUCUCAACCACAAAUAGGAUCUGAUGUAUCAGAAUUCUUUUUUUUGGAAGGGUAAAUGAAAGUCUGUCUAGGCUGAUGUAUCAGAAAUUUUACUCUGUGUCGAGCACAAAUAGGAUCUGACUUCAUUUUCUUGCA